ACAUUCAGUCUAGUCUUUCUCUCCAAGACUCGACUUGUCGUCCAGGAUGGCCAGAACCAAGCAAACUGCCAGAAAAUCCACCGGAGGAAAAGCUCCCAGGAAGCAGCUCGCCACCAAAGCUGCCCGCAAGAGCGCACCCGCCACCGGAGGAGUGAAGAAGCCUCAUCGUUAUAGGCCCGGUACCGUUGCCCUCAGGGAGAUCCGGCGUUACCAGAAAUCCACCGAGCUGUUGAUCCGCAAACUUCCCUUUCAGCGGCUGGUGAGGGAGAUCGCUCAGGACUUCAAGACCGACCUGCGCUUCCAGAGCUCUGCUGUCAUGGCUCUGCAGGAGGCCAGCGAGGCUUACCUGGUGGGGCUCUUCGAGGACACCAACCUGUGCGCCAUCCACGCCAAGAGGGUCACCAUCAUGCCCAAAGACAUCCAGCUGGCCCGCCGCAUCCGCGGAGAGAGGGCUUAGAUCAACUAGAUGUCCUUCACAACCCAACGGCUCUUUUAAGAGCCACUGACAUGUCUGUUUGGAGCUCCAAGUCCCUCCAUUUGUACGACGUUGCGUUACACUUGUGAAAUCGAUCCUUUAAUAUGUUGUGUCCUUGUCGACACACACAAAGGUGCAUAGUUGUUAUGAUUUUUGACAGGAACCAUUUAUGUUCUCGCGGGAAAACUCGAGAAAAGCAGCAGAAGCAGAAAUGUGACAGUCAUGACUAAUCAUGAUUUUGAACCAGAUGAAGUUAUUGUUAUUCCUGUUCAUCCAAGCAAGACAUGUCAAAGAAUGGUGAAAUACAUUGGUCUUUA